AUGGCUGAUCCUCUGGUUGCUAGGUGCCUUUACUCUGGCAAAGGUUAUAUGAUUCCUUUGAAUCAAUGCAUGAGCGACUCUGAGUUGUAUGAAGACAUUUUCCGUACAUUCCAGUUUUCCCCAACUGAAAUUGUUGAGCUUCAGUAUUCAGUUCCAGGUUGUGAAGUCUGUUUUCUUCGUAACGAUCGUGAUUUCCAGAUGCUGUUUUGCUCUGCUAGAAUACAUAGGUUAGAGUGUGUCGAUAUUUCAGUUUUAAAGAUUGGGGGAGGUUGUAGGAGAAACUGUUCGGUGGAUAGUGGUUCGGAAGUUAUUGAUGAAGAUGAUUAUUUGGGUGAUGCAUUCAGGACUAAAGUUCACAAGACGUAUUUGUCUGAUGAGUGGAGUUCUUAUAUUCAUCAUGUUGGGGAUAAGUUUCAUGGUGCUGCUGAGCUCCGUGAGAAGCUCAAGAAGUAUGCAAUUGCAGUUGGUUUCGAGUUUGUAUUCCUGAGAAAUGAUUUGGACUGUAUUCAUGCAGUCUGUGCAAAUGUUGGAACUGAAGGUUGUGAUUGGCAUCUUUGUGCUUUUUCAUCAUCUGCCAAUGGUUGCCUUUAUAUCACAGAGUUGAAUAAAACUCACACUUGCAAGGGUGUAGUUAGGACUCAAAAACACAAGCUUUUGGGAUCUAAGGUUGUCAAGACUUUCAUUGCUGCUGAUGUUAGCUUUAAUCUUUCAUUGAAGCCAAGGGAGAUUAUGAGCAAGUUCAAAUCAACAUAUGGGUUUGAUAUUUCCUACAAGGUUGCCUUGAAAGCAAAGCAUCGGGCCAAGGAAGCGAUUUCUGGUUCCGAUGCAGACACGUUCAGCAAGUUAUCUUGGUAUAAGGAAGCUGUUUUGCAGAGUAACCCCGGCUCUUCUUUUGUGUUGGAGGUUGAACCAUCUACAAAUCGUUUUCAGAGGCUUUUCGUAGCUUACGGAGGUUGUGUAGAAGGCUUCCAAUUCUGUUUGCCAGUGUUGUAUGUUGAUGGAACGUUUGGUAAAAGCAUUUACAAGGGGCAGAUUCUGUCUGCAACUGGAAGGAAUGGGAAUCAAGGUUUCUACCCUCUAGCCAUAUGUUUUUGUGAUUCUGAGACAGAUGCAAACUGGACAUUCUUUUUAAAGCAUUUGAAGAGUCUGCUUGAACCUCAGGGAAGACACUUGGUUGCGAACCUUGCCAGUAAAUAUAGGGGUAAAGGUAAUUCAAAAUUGAUAGAAGAUGUAAAGCAGAUGUUUUUUAAGGUUGCAUAUUCAUCUACACAGAAGGAAUACCGUUUCAAUUUGCGGUUGCUUAGAGCAGUUGGAGGUGCCGAUAUUAUUGACCCUUUUCUUUCUGAAUUGCCUGUGGAAAAUUGGUGCCGUGCAUUUUAUACUAGCUGCCGAUAUGGAAUUAUGGCUAAUGGGAUUGCUGAAUCAUUUAACUCUUGGAUUGCAAUUGAGCCUUUGAUGCCAGUCUAUUAUAUGCUGGACCAGACAAGAAUUAAACAAAUGGAGAUAGCGGGUAAAAGGAGGGAAGAGGCAGAACGUUGGACCACAGAACUAACUCCCAAAAUGGAGGAAAGGUUGAAGGUGCAGAUGGAGAAAUCUCGUCGUUUCAGUGUCCAUUAUUCAAGUCCUGGAGUUUAUGAGGUUCGAUCUGACUUUUCAUAUGUAGUCAACAUUUCCGAUCAUGCAUGUUCAUGUGUUAAAUGGCAGAUCAAUUGUUUUCCUUGUCCUCAUGGCCUUGCUGCAUUACAAGCUGCUUCUGAAAAUGUAUAUGAUUAUAUUGAUAAGUACUUUCAUGUUGAUAUGUUCAAGAAGAGCUACAGUUUUCCUAUCCAUCCGAUAACCAAUGUUGAUAUGUCUUCUUCGGAUUCUGCUUCUGAAUAUAUAUUACCUCCCCUUGCGAAGAGGCCCCCCGGGAGGCCUAGGGUGAAGCGGUUCAAGUCGGUUGGAGAGGUUGAAAAGAAGCUGAUUCGUUGUGGCAAAAUGGGCACUCAUAACAAGUUGAGCUGCACUGAACCUCUCGUUCAGCAGUAG